CCUCGGGCCAUGGCGCUCCUGCUCGGUGGCCUGCGCGUCCUGCUGGGCGGCUUUUUCGCGCUCGCGGGGGCGGCCAAGCUCUCGGGGCACAUCUCGGCUCCGGUGUCGGAGCAGAUGAAAGCCCUGUUUGUGCAGUUUGCUGAGGUAUGUCCUUUGAAGGUGUUCGGCUACCAGCCAGACCCCAUGAGCUACCAAACAGCUGUGGGCUGGCUGGAACUGCUGGCUGGGUUGCUGCUGGUCGUGGGCCCACGGAUGCUGCAAGACAUCAGUAACUUGCUCUUGACCCUGCUCAUGAUGGGGGCUAUCUUAACUUUGAUGUCUCUGAAAGAGUCACUGAGCACCUGCAUCCCGGCCAUUGUCUGCCUGGGGCUCCUGCUGCUGCUGGAUGUCGGCCAACUUUUAUCCCAAACGAAGAAGGUGGUCAGACCCAGUAGGAAGAAGACUCCAAGUGCAUUCAAGCAAUCCUGGAAGUAGAGAGUCUCUGCCUGUCCAUGCCAUACAGCUGUCACAGCAGGAACAUGGUAGAACACAGUCUACCACCAUGUUACCAAUAUGUCCAGGGUCAUCCAGUAUUGAAAGAGACACCUUGUCUACCUGGUAGUGAUUUCUCUCUUUAACUUUACUGCUCUUUUUUAAGGGGUAUGUGUUAUACAUGCUAACAUUCAUCAUGUCAUAUGAAAAUAGAAAAUAAGCAGAAAAAUUUUAAAUCUCCCCAAAUUUUAAUGCCACCUAAAUACCACUU